AUGGAUUCAUAUCCUCCUACUGAAAUUGGAAAAAGAAUGCGCCAAUUUUGUAAAAGUUGGUUUGAAGGUCCAUAUUCUAAAUGGUUGGAGUAUAGCGUGGAGAAAGAUUAUGUCUAUUGUCUAUGUUGUUAUUUAUUCAAAGAUGAUUUCUUCCAUGAAAGUACGAGUGAGUUUUACACAAAAACUGGUUUUAGGAGUUGGAAUAGGGCACUUGAAAGGUUCCGUAAACAUGUUGGUGAUGUUAAUAAUAUUCAUGACAAAUGUUUCAACAAGAUGCUAGAUUUGUCAAAUCAUCAUCAAUCAAUUCAAGUUGUUCUUGACAAACAUUCUCAAAAGUUAAAAAAUGAGUAUCAAAUGCGUUUGGAAGCCUCAAUUGAUGUGUCAAGGCUUCUUUUGCAAUAUGGAUUACCUUUUCGAGGUCAUGAUGAAAGUGAUUCUUCAACUAAUCAAGGCUUCUUUCUAGGAUGUUUGCGAUGGCAUGGGGACAAACAUCGGGAUGUGGGAAAAGUGAUAUUAGAAAAUGACCCACAAAAUGACACUUUGACUUGUCCUAUGAUUCAAAAAGAUAUUGACAAUGCUUGUGCAAAAGAAACAUUGAAAGCAAUAAUUGAGGACUUGAAUGGAGAUUACUUUGGUAUAUUAGUUGAUGAGUCAAAAUACAUCUCUCACAAAGAACAAAUGGCUCUUGUUUUGCGUUCUGUUAAUAAGAAUGGUGAAGUAGUUGAACGAUUUAUCUAUCUUGUCCAUGUUAGUGAUACAUCGUCAUGUUCAUUGAAGAAAGCAAUUUAUUCUUUGCUUUCCGUUCACUCACUAAGUCCAUCCAAAAUACAUGGACAAGAUCAAGAUAUUGUUAAUGCCAUGGAGUUUCUUAAUAUUACAAAGAAAAGAUUACAAGAUAUGAGGGAAAAUGGAUGGGAAUCUUUGUUGGAUGAUGUUUCCUCAUUUUGUGAUGUGCAUGAUAUCUUGAUUCCCAAGUUGGAUGAGUCUUAUUUUCCCGAAAAACGUAAGUCUUCGGGUGUUAGUUAUGCGCAACACUUACGUGUUGAAGUCUUUGUUGUUGUCAUUGAUAUGCAACUUCAAGAGCUUAAUAACCGUUUUGAUGUUAGUGAGUAG